GCAGUCCCGCCGCGGGGACACCCUUCCUAUGGGACGACAAGUGAAGGGCUGCUGCUGCCGCCGCCCGCUGCCCGGCCCGCCCCGAGCCUCGGCGCCUCGGCGCGGCAGCGGCAGCUGCUAAAACCUGUGCCGCUCGCACAACUUCGCCGGCUUCGAGCAUCCUCCCGCCGGGGGCUCGGGGGGCUCGGUCCCCCGCUCCUGCCUCUUCGCGUCCGCCUUUUUGGAAGAAGCGAGGGGUGGCCGAGGUGCUGUUCCUCCGUCGGCUUUUUAACCGCUACUGUUAUUAUUCUCCUCCAGACUUUCCCCUUCUGGGGGAGGGAGGUGGUUUCCUGAUCUGAAGUGCAAAGAAAAGUCAGUGGGAUUCCCCUCCUUCCUUCUCCCCCCACCCACCCCCCCCCAUCCCCGGUUUGGGUGCAUUCACACGCUCCCUCAGGCAUGAUGCUCAAGAUGCUGCCGUUUAAGCUGCUGCUGGUGGCCGUGGUUCUGUGCUUCUUCGAGGGGGAUGCCAAGUUUGGGGAGAGCGGCGCCCGGAGGAGAAGGUGCCUCAACGGGACCCCGCCGCGGCGGCUGAAGAAGCGGGACCGGCGGGUGCUGUCCCCGGAGGCCCCGGGCGGCGGGGAGGCGAUGUGCCGCGGCCUCUACCCACGCCUGUCCUGCUGCUCCCGCUCCGAGCCGCAGGGGCUGCCGCACGCCGAGGCGAAGAUACUUUCUGUUACCAACAACACAGAAUGUGCGAAGCUACUGGAGGAAAUCAAAUGUGCACACUGCUCACCUCACGCUCAGAACCUAUUCCACUCACCUGAGAAAGGGGAAACAGCUGAAAGAGAACUAACUCUUCCCUACCUGUGCAGAGACUAUUGUAAAGAAUUCUAUUAUACUUGCAGAGGUCACAUACCAGGUUUUCUCCAAACUACAGCUGAUGAGUUUUGCUAUUACUAUGCAAGAAAAGAUGGUGGCGUGUGCUUUCCAGAUUUUCCAAGAAAACAAGUGCGAGGGCCAGCCUCUAACUCCCUGGACCACAUGGAAGAAUAUGACAAAGAGGAAGAGAUCAACAGAAAACACAAGCACAACUGCUUCUGUAUUCAGGAGGUUGUGAGUGGACUAAGGCAGCCUGUUGGAGCAGUACAUUGUGGGGAUGGAUCCCAUCGCCUCUUCAUUCUUGAGAAAGAAGGAUAUGUGAAGAUUUUCACUCCCGAAGGAGACAUACUCAAGGAACCUUUUUUGGAUAUACACAAGCUUGUUCAAAGUGGAAUAAAGGGAGGAGAUGAAAGAGGACUGUUAAGCCUUGCAUUCCAUCCCAAUUACAAGAAAAAUGGAAAGCUGUAUGUGUCUUAUACCACCAACCAAGAACGGUGGGCUAUUGGACCUCAUGACCACAUCCUUAGGGUCGUAGAAUACACAGUAUCCAGGAAAAAUCCACACCAAGUUGAUAUGAGGACAGCAAGAGUGUUUUUAGAAGUAGCAGAACUACAUCGAAAACAUCUAGGAGGACAGCUUCUGUUUGGCCCAGAUGGUUUCCUAUACAUUUUUCUUGGAGAUGGCAUGAUCACUCUAGAUGACAUGGAAGAGAUGGAUGGUUUAAGUGAUUUUACAGGCUCUGUCUUGCGCCUCGACGUAAAUACUGACCUGUGCAACGUCCCUUAUUCCAUACCACGGAGCAACCCACAUUUCAAUAGCACAAACCAACCUCCUGAGAUUUUUGCACAUGGACUCCACAAUCCAGGCCGGUGUGCUGUGGACCGCCAUCCAACUGAUGUAAACAUCAAUUUAACUAUACUUUGCUCAGAUUCAAAUGGAAAGAACAGAUCUUCAGCAAGAAUCUUACAAAUAAUAAAGGGCAAAGACUAUGAAAGUGAGCCUUCACUUUUAGAAUUCAAACCGUUCAGCAGUGGAUCCCUGGUUGGUGGAUUUGUCUAUCGAGGCUGCCAGUCGGAAAGACUCUACGGAAGUUACGUGUUUGGAGACCGCAAUGGAAAUUUUUUAACACUGCAACAGAGUCCUGCAACCAAACAGUGGCAAGAGAAACCCCUCUGUCUUGGCAACACUGGCUCGUGUAGAGGUUUCUUUUCAGGCCCUGUCUUGGGAUUUGGUGAAGAUGAAUUAGGUGAGAUUUACAUAUUAUCAAGCAGUAAAAGUAUGACACAGCCUCACAGCGGAAAACUCUACAAGAUUGUUGACCCAAAGAGGCCUUUAGUCCCUGAAGAAUGCAAAAGAAUGGCUCAGCCUGCACAGAUACUGACGUCUGAAUGCUCAAGGCAUUGUCGGAAUGGGCACUGCACUCCCACAGGAAAAUGCUGCUGUAAUCAAGGCUGGGAAGGAGAUUUCUGCAGAACUGCAAAAUGUGACCCUGCCUGUCGACAUGGAGGUGUCUGUGUAAGGCCUAAUAAAUGCUUAUGUAAAAAAGGCUAUCUCGGCCCCCAGUGUGAACAAGUGGAUAGAAGCAUCCGAAGAGUGACAAGGGCAGGUAUUCUUGAUCAGAUCCUAGACAUGACAUCCUAUUUGCUGGAUCUAACCAGCUAUAUUGUAUAGUUCCUGGGACUGUUUGGAAACUACACUCUCAACGGGCAUUUGUUUUGAAUCCUGUCAUUUUUAAAAGACUCUUAUCCUGCAGCAAAUACCGGUGAUUUGAGUUACUUUAUUAAUUUAAGUAUAAUAUCCACAAAUGUGCAGAAAAAUUCCUCGUAUGUGUGUAAAUAUUCCUGUACGUCUCCACAGACGUCCCGAUACCCAAUAUGUGCACACAUACCCCAUGCACACGCGCUACCACAAAUACGGUUGUGCAGAGAGUGGAAUCUUUUUUAAUAUUUAUUUCUUCAUGAGAAAUAGUUUACAAAGCAAUUCCACUGUAAAACACAUUUUCGUCACAGGACUUCCCUGAUGUCUUAAUGGAUUCUUUGAUAUCCCAGCAAUCUCGUGUCUGUACUUAUCUGAUUAGAGCGGUGAGGAAGCAGUUUUCAAACAUCGCCGUAUAAACUGCUGGACUUAAUAAAAUCCAGUUGUAACAGUUUCUAAGGUGAACUGAACUACAUCAUGAGACAAUAUUUCAGAACUGCUUAAUGCAUUCCUAUCUAGGCAAUUCAUUGUAAGACUGUAACCUUCACUUUCAUCAAUGUAACUCUAUUACAGAAUGUUACGCAUUUCUUUAUCUAGCAUAGAUGCAAAAAUCUGGUUAUCGCAGCUUAAUAUCAAGAUUGUUUCAAGUGUUUAAUAAUUAAAUUAUAUUCGCAUAUUUCAAAACCAGUCAUCCUAGAAGGUCUGCUUUUUAUCAUAUAUUUUAUUUAACGGUGGGCACUGGGUUCAUGUUACAUAUUUAUAUUAUUUUAUUUUAUUUUUAUAAUAUAGACAUCACCUAGAUGAGACAGCUUUACCAUGUCCUGUAAAAUACUAAAGUUACAUUUUUCACCAACUUAAUUGGAAAGACGGGGAAAGAGAGAGCAAACACACACACUUUAAUGUGUUGUGGAUCUAAUCUAGAAAUGUAUCCUUGUGUCAACUUGUGUUCAUUUACGACGGAUGAGAAAAAAAACCAACCGCCAACCAAUCACAAUAAAAUUUCAGCAUGUGUUAAAAGUGUCCAUAAAGUGGUUUUCACUGUAACAGGACAGUGUAAGAGGUUAUGCAAGCAGGCUGCUGCCAGUGUCACACUGAACAGAACGUCCCUGGCCGGGAGCUCACACGAGCACGUGCUGCCUGUGCACGGCGGCACUUGUACAAAUCGUAGAGUGAUUCUUGCCAAAUGUGGUUCUAAAUGUAAAUGUUCCUUCAAGAGCUAACACAAAACUGAGUCUUUGUAAAUGUAUCAAUAAAUAUGGUGUACAUGCUAUA